AAGAAGUUGCUCUUGUAGGCACCAGCCCGGGCCGUGAGAGUCACUCCAUCCAAGUGGGGCCGACCUUCCACCCGCCCUGACAGAGCUGACCCCCCCGUGACCCGAGGUGCCCGGUUCGUCUCGCCGCUCCGUGACACCAGCUCAGAGACUUUCCCACGUUGACAUGGACGACUCGUCGGAGCAGUCCCACUGGGUGUCCCCCUCCCUGCUCGGCUCAGACCCUCUGGCUGCCUUCUCCUCGGACUCGGGCCUGCUGGCUUCAGGAGAAGAGGCCGAGGCCUUCUUCUCGGGUCAGGACGCAGACUUCAGCAGCCUGCCUAACUUCCUCUCCAGCCCCAGCCACAGCCGGACGCCGACCGGCUACAGGCACGGCUCGGUCCGACAGGUGUUCUCCUCCCCCGGCCUCCUCAGCAACUUCCAGCUGUUGGACGGGCCGCCGGGCCACUCCCUGGGCUCGCCCUACAGCCCCGCGGCCUCCACCUGGAGCAGCAGCCCCCUCAUCAAGACCCCGCUGCACGCGCACCCGCCGGCCUCCCUCUACACCCCCGGGGUCGCCUCCUCCUACGCCGCCUCCAGGGACGGGUACUCCUCGUCCCCCAGCAGAGAGGGGAGGGAGAGCCCCCGGCUGCACGAGGCCCUGAAAGCGGAGCGGCUGAGCCCACUGGGGUCGGGGGUCAGCAGCAGCAGCGGCGGCAGCAGCUUUCUGAAUCUGACCCCUGCGGCUGGGGGGAUGUACCCCUCGUCGCACACCCACCCACACAUGCUGAGCCCCUACAGCUCGUACAUGAGCGGGCCGCAGGACUACAGCUCCGCUGCGCUCUACUCCGGUGCCGGAGCCUGGAUCAGCCCCUCGUACUCUCCCAAGCUGCGCAACAAGAUGAGGCCCACCACUCCAGAGGCCAGGGAGUGUGUGAACUGUGGAGCCACAGCCACCCCCCUGUGGCGCCGGGAUGGUACGGGCCACUACCUGUGUAACGCCUGCGGACUGUACCACAAGAUGAACGGUCAGAACAGACCUUUGAUCCGGCCCAAGAAGAGACUGAUUGUCAGCAAGCGUGCAGGAACCGUAUGUGCCAACUGUCACACGAGCACGACGACGCUGUGGCGGCGCAACGCUAACGGGGAGCCYGUGUGUAACGCCUGUGGGCUCUACUUCAAACUGCACAAUGUCAACCGGCCCCUCACCAUGAAGAAAGAAGGCAUUCAAACGCGCAACAGGAAAGUGUCCAACAAGAACAAGAAGAGCAAGAAGGCAGCCAUGUUUGAGCAGUACUCUGAGACGGGUCAGGCCCUUCCCCUGGAUGACAGCAGCGGGCCCUUCUCCCUCGGCCCCGGGACUCUGCUGACCUACAGCCACGCGCCCCACCUCAUCCCCACGCCGUCCCCCCUGCACCCCUCUGGCAGCUUACCUUACCCCCACCACCUCAACACCGGCAUGGUGCCCACACUGGUGUGACAACCAGCCUGCUCCCUUCUUCCUCAUCCGUGUGGAUUUGUACAGAAUAAAUACUGAGGUUUGUUUAUUUUCAUUGUUUUUUGUUUUUUAAAUCAUAUUUGUUUGCUCUGUGAUAGAAAUCUCUCACUGCACGUGUAAACGCACUGAUAAGGGAUUUUGUUCAGCUGUAAAUACAAACAAAAAAUCUCAUUUAAUGUAAAAAAUAAAAAUAAAAAAAAAUCUGCAUGAA